AUGGCGACACCAACGCCUAUGAGGCAUGCGCCCUCACAGCAGGGACGCACGCCCUCGCAUCAGGGCCCAACGCCGUCACAGAUUGCGGGUGCGACGCCGCCCAUCUCGACGCCAUUUUCCAACGCCGCCCAGGCUGCAUUUUCGCCUCGGGGUCAGCGAUCACCGCAGCAAGUUAAGAAAUCGCCAGCGACAUCGACACUGAUGGGCCAAUCGGGCAUGGGCGCGCUGAAUUUCGACAGCCCUUCAACUGCUGCCGCUAUGGGCGCACUGGGCAUUGGCGGAAGCUUCGAUAUCGGCCUCGAGAAUGUCAGCGUCGGCGAGCUUGAUUCACUAAACGCUUCAUUCGCCAAGGAGGACAAGUUGAAGCGAGAAGACGACAAACUCAAACGACUGGACCAUAUCCUCGAGUUAUUAAAUCAGAAGAAAGGCUUCGUCAGCGAAGCCGGCUUGGAACGGCUUGCUCAGCGCCUCGGCCUUGAACUGCUGUCUGAAGAGAAUACAGCCCCAGAUGGACGCAAAAAAAAGACGUUGGCCAUUGCAGGUUCUGCUAUUGCCGUCGACAUCGUACUGGAUAACAACAUUGUCCAAAAUGUGUCUUUAGCCUACCAUGGAUCGGCGCCAUCAGUUCAUAAGCAAAUGGAAGCAGCCAGCCACAUUCUGUUAACGGACUUGAAGCUUGGUCCUAACCAAAGUCCUCUCACGAAAACGCUGGACAAAUUCGCAUAUAAUUUUGAACAUAUAGCCAACCUAGACAAACUCAGCAUUAUUCCCGGUCUUGACUGUUACGAGGCUCUAGCUGGUAUCUAUACUAGCUUAGAGAGAUUGCACCAGUGGGACAUGGCAAAUCUGCGAAAGGAGCCGGAGAUGGAGGGCAAACCGGAUCAUCACCUAUCUCUAGCUGCUCUUUGCACUCGACACGGUUAUCCUGUCAUGCACGCACGAAACAAGGUCGGGCUCGCUUUGCAGUACUGGAAAGAGCUGCGGUUCGUACCCCCUUCAAACGACAAAAUAAGUUCACCUUUGGAAAACGAGAAGAUUUGGUCCCUUUUGCUUGAUUGUGCACCUAUUGAAGCACUUGGCCUGCCUACAACUAUCGAAACCAUGGGGCCGCCGCCUGUCAGAGUAUCUGAAGACUGGAUCUCCAAAGAAGUGGCGAAAGAUGUCCACCAGGACCAAGGCCAAUUACUGAAUCCUACUCCCUUCCCCAUUCUUGACUGGCAAGAGCCAGAGAAUAUCUCACUCCCAUCAUCGGAUGAGAAUAAAAGUGCGACUAUUGGCGUUUUGGGACUGGAUCUCUCAUUAUCUCCUCAGGUCAUGUUUACUGUUACGUUCGAUCCGCCUGUCAUCCUUCCGCAAAAUGACUACGCCCGACUCUACGCCUACGCGGGUGCUGAGCCGCCCAGCCCAGAUCCUAGCGAGUUUGAGCAACGUUCCCCUCCAACAUUUGACGAUUUAUUCUUCCCAAUGUUGGCUCAGAAUAAGCAAGAUCCCAGCGAAUCGAGGACGGUUACUCGCCUGCGUGACGUCCGUGUUUUCGACCAGCAGGGAAAAUCGUCCAUGAGGAGUCACCAUAACACGCUCUUCAUCUACAAGCCCAUUUAUUCCAGAACAGUUACGCAGAUGCCCUUUUCUCAUCCUCGCCAGCUCAUUGACAUGCUCCCACUUCUUCGGCAAUUCGCCUUCCUUUCCACCUUGAUGAACAAUAGCUUUGGGUCUAAAACUAAAGAGGAUUCACCCAAGUCAAGCAAGGCUUCUGUUGCCUCUAAGACGGUCAAGGACGAGUUGGCAACUUUUAUGGAUUUCAGCGACGAUGAAGCCAGGGAAGAUGAGAAAGCCAAACAAGAGACCACUCAAGAAGCAGAUAAAGAGAAGAAAGAGGGCAAUGGAACUGCGAAUGAUGUGGAUAUGGACGUCAUAUUAUGGGUUCAUCCAUCACCGCACCUCCAAGUCGUCUUCCCCGUCAAGGACUCCACCAUUGACAUUACACUUCGCAUCCUGGAAGGCGGCACGGUAGAGAUUGUCAACGAAAACGUUAUUGAACAGCAUGAAAAGGAGAGCAAGGGCAAAGGAAAGCCGAUCAGUAGAGAAGAUCUCGGCAAGGCGCUUGAACGGCUCGAGGAUCUGUGUAAGUGGGCUGAAUGGAUUCGCACCCGGCUGUGGCAGAGUUAA